UUUAAUAUUGAAACAGCCACAGCGGACGGCCUUGGCUGAUAUAUAAAGCGCGUGUCUGCAGUUUCUGCAACAAAGCGGAGCAGAAGAAGAGAAAAGAGGGAAAAAGAGAAACAGAGUCGAGGAAAAAUGUUGGCGAGCAACGGGAAUAUCGAACAGGAUUAAAAGAGCCUCCUUCCCAGCUCUCAUAGCCAUGCAGUGAGUUGUCUAAUGGCCUCCAGGCCAGAGGCUGUCCAUGUGAGAAGGGAAUUUUUAGAAGAGAAGAGCAGACACUUGAGGGGGAGAGGGAAGAGUUUCACACAGAGCAUGGGCACAGCCAAAGAGUUUGACAUGGAUGAAAAACUGGCACGUGUUAAACAAGACAACACAGAGUGGAGCACACCAGAUGCUUUGUGUGUGAAGACAGAGGAUUGUCAGCGGGGCAUUUCCAUUUUUAAGGAAGAGGAGUUUGAGGGGGAAAUUAUUCAGGUUAAAGUCGAGGACUCAGAAGAUCUGUCAGUUAGUCCUGAACUGCAAAAGCAGGAUGCGGAGAAUAUCUUCAAGCAAGACAUUUGUGGAGAAUCUCAUUCCGGUUUACAGCCCCCAUUCACUCCUACGGGACAACUGAAAGCCCAGCAGAAGUCCAGGGAAAUGAAAUCGGAGUUUGUUGAAUUUGAAGAGAAAACCACUGAAGGAAACGUGAAGGAAGCAGAAGCGGAGACGUCAUCUGUGAGUGUGGGAAAUCUCCCUGAGAAUGGCGGCCUCUCCCCAUCUUUGUUUGCUGAGACGUCUCCUCAGCUCAGACUGCAAAACAAACCGGACAAGGAGAAGAGGAAGCAAUCAACAAGAGGAUCAAAGAAUUUGAUAGCAUCCCGUUUCCACUACAGCGAUCUUCCUGCAACAGGAACCCUCGAUGCUGACCAACAAGAACAAGUGAAUAACAAAGUUCAAGGGGCUUUGUACAUUGACGGAGAGUGUGGACAAACUUAUAAUAAAGAUCAGAAGUCGAUUCAAACAAGACCAAAGCCAUAUUGCUGUUCAGAGUGUGGGAAACAAUUCUACGUCAGUGGCACAUUUCAGAGGCACAAAAGAAUUCACACUGGAGAGAAACCCCAUUGCUGCUCUGAAUGUGGCAAACGAUUCUAUGACAGCUACAGGCUCAAAAGACAUAAAAGAAUCCACACUGGAGAAAAGCCGUAUGGCUGUGCUGAAUGUGGAAAAAGAUUCAUUGACAAUGGCACUCUGAAAAUCCACACCAGAAUUCACACUGGAGAAAAGCCUUAUUGCUGUUCUGAAUGUGGCAAACAAUUCAGCCGAAGUUGCCAUCUUCAGUCUCACACAAGAAUUCAUACUGGGGAGAAGCCAUAUUGUUGUUCUGAAUGUGGAAAACGAUUCAUCGACAAUAGUGCUCUUCAUCAUCACUUACAAAUUCAUACUGGGGAGAGGGUAUAUUGCUGCUCUGAAUGUGACAAACGAUUUUCCAGCAGUAGCAAUCUUCAGCGUCACAUUAGAAUUCAUACGGGGCUGAAAACGCGCAUUAAACAAGAGGACUGUGAGUGGGGUGCACCAGAGAGUCCGUGUGUGAAGCUGGAGGAUUUUAGAGGACAAGUGUCAGAUUUUAAAGAGCGCAAGGAGGAGACGCGCGAAAUUAAAGUUGAGGAUUCAAAGGAUUUCCCGGUUACUCUUGGUGUGCAAAUGCCAAAAACUGAGAAUAUUUUCAAGCAAGAUGUUGGUGAAUUGUGUCAUUCCAGUUUGCAGCCCUGUUUCACUAAUGCGGAACAACUGCCUAUCCGGCAAAAAUCUAUGGAAAUGAAAUCUGAGUUAUCUGAGGUUGAAGUGAAAACAACUGAGGGAUACGGGACAGACGCAGAGAAGCAGCCAUCAUCUACGAAUAUUAGAAUAAAUUCACACGAAAAUGGCAGAAUUUCUCCAGCAUCGUCUGGUGAGACUUCUCUUCAGUGCAGACUGCAGCACAAACAGGACAAGAAGACAAAGAAAUCAACAAAUGGAUCCCACAAUUCAACAGCAGCCUCUUUGCAAUGUAGUUCUCUUCCUAAUGUCAAAAGAAGGACAGAAGCCAUCAAAACCAACAAACAAGUGCAUAAACAAGUCAGAACUCACAUUGAAGAGAAACCACACUGUUGUGCAGAAUGUGGUAAGAGAUUCUCACAAAUAAGCUAUCUUCAGAGGCACACAAGAAUCCACACUGGAGAAAAACCGUAUUGCUGUCCAGAAUGUGGCAAACGAUUCUCACACAAUAGUAGUCUUCAGGAACACGCAGUACUUCACACUGGAGAAAAACCCCAUUGCUGUCUAAAGUGUUGUAAACGAUUCUCACAAUUAAGCCAUCUUCAAACACACACAAGAAUCCACACUGGAGAAAAGCCUUAUUGCUGUCCGGAAUGUGGCAAACGAUUUUGUGACAGCAGUGCUCUUCAGAAGCACGUGCGAAUUCAUACUGGAGAGAAGCCAUAUUGCUGUUCUGAUUGUGGCAAACGAUUCUCACAAGUAAUACAUCUACACAGCCACACAAGAAUCCACACUGGAGAGAAACCUCACUGCUGUCUAGAAUGUGGAAAACGCUUCUUACUACCUAGCCGUCUUCACGUUCACACAAGAAUCCACACUGGAGAGAAACCCUAUUGCUGUUCUGAAUGUGGGAAACGAUUCUCUGACAGUAGAGGUUUUCGGAACCACAUACGCAUCCACACCGGAGAGAAGCCAUAUUGUUGUUCUGAAUGUGGCAAACAAUUUUUCACCAGCAAUAGUCUUCGCCAGCACGUACAAAUUCACACUGGAGAAAAGCCAUAUUGCUGCUCUGAAUGUGGCAAAAGAUAUUCAAGUAAUUCCAGUUUUCGUAAGCAUGCGAAAAUGCACACUGGCGGAAAACUUUUAUUGUUGUUCUAAAUGGGAUAUACUGUAGGAUUGCCAUUUUUUCCAUAUACACUUAAGAAUUCACACUCAAGUGAAACAAAGCCCUGAGGUGUAAGUGAGGGGGAAGAAGGAGGGAGUCAAAAAGUCACCCACCUAACUACUCAAGUCCUUCACAUGGUGGAUUACAUUCUAUAGGAUCACUACCAAAUCAUGUCACUGUGAAUCUAUUUUCUUGGGAUUAAAGGACCAAAAAGUAAUAAUAUCUCAUUACUGGCCACAUGUCUUCCAGGAUUAAAAAGAGAGCCCACUGCCUUCCUCAGCACUAUCAUAAGUGAUGGUGGUAGUGACUGUACAAGAACUACUGAUAAAGAGAAAAAGAACUCCUAUGUUUUUUGUUUUGAUUUUUAUUUAACCUUAUACAAUUUCUUGUAUUAGGAAUUUGUUAGUUU